AUGAAGAUCUUCCUCCUCAUCGCAUUUGCUUCACUUGGCCUAGCAAGUGUGUUACCUGACAGUGGUGGAAAUGUUAGGAUUUCCAAGGACAAGGUAAUGCGACGCAUGAGGAGGUUUAUAACUGAGAACGCUGCUCUUUCUUGUGAUCUCUGUACCAUGGUGGUGGAUGGAAUAAAUCUGAUGAUCCAGCAAAAUAAAACAGAUGUCGAAAUUGGUAACUUCCUAACAAACCUCUGUGAUGCCAUCAACCUCGAGCAGCCGCAUGUUUGUAAGCACAUUGUGCAAGCAUACACGUACGAGGUGGUUUUCGUGUUGGAGAAAACUCUUUUCACACCGAACGAAUUCUGUGGAGCUUUCAUCAAAGACUGCGGUCAAUCUGUAUUCCCAUUCCACGUCAUGUGGAAUAUCUCAAUACCGGACAAUAAACCACCUGUGAAGCCAUGGCCAACAGUUCCAGACAACAAACCCACAUACAGAUUUCUACACUUGUCGGAUAUCCACAUUGAUCGGCAAUACGCAGUUGGGUCAGAGGCGUACUGUCAGCUGGACGAUGCGUUGGGCACCUAUGCGCUGUGCUGCAGGAAUUACGCUGAUGACGCUUCAGAUUCACGAACGAAGACAAAGCCGAUAUACGUGCCAGCUGAACCAUGGGGAAUGCCUUAUGCAUGUGAUCUUCCGCACCAAACAUUUGAAGCAGCUCUGAUUAACAUAAACAAGACGCACAAAGACGUGAGUACAUAUUUUGUUUUUCUUGACAUUCAUUGA